UUGCUUUCGACAUGUGGUCACAUUCAGUCUGAUUGGCACAACAAACACGAAAAAGUUGCAAUUGACGCUGGCGAUGCUUUUGCACUUUUGCCAAAUAAAGCGUGCAGGAAUUUGCGUACGCACAAAAACGCAGCAAACGCCAGCAAAGCAAAAUAGUAGUAGAAAAGGUAGUGAAAAUGCGGCGCUCGUUAAUUAACUAAUUAACAAAGUGUGAAGAGAACGGGAAUAGAUACAAAAUAGGUGUUGCUCCUGACCAAAAGUAGUGCCCCAAAAAGAAAAAAAAAAUCGUAGCACAAGUUUUAAUAUGACAUCAUACGCAAAUGACACAACGACCACGGCCGCAGCUCCAACAACGACAACAACAACAGCAACCUCAAACUCAGGAGCAGCAGCAGCGACAGCAGCGACUUCGGAAGCUACUGCAGUCGACGCAACUGCAGCGCAGCUCAACAAGCAAAUGUCUAGUAGCAAUAACAACAAUGGGCGCUACGACGAGGAACAAGAUAACAGCAGCUUGGAUGGCCGUGAAAAAGCCGACACGACGCCCGAGAACAUCAAGAAGAUUGCCGAGAUCAUAAGCGACAAGGAAGCAGCGGCUGCAGCAGCGACGCCUACGCAACAGCGACUGCAGCAUCAUGUCGCAUCGUCUGGCUUUGUAGGACUUGGCGCAGCCAUCGAUGAGUCAAACGUCAAGUUUUGCCUUGGCAAGCCGCCGCCGUCGCCGGCUGAAAAAGCGACUGUGCUGAGCCGAGCGAAUCAUCAUCAUCCACAUCAGAGCAACACCAACAGCAGCGGCGGCAACAGUAACAGCAGCAGCAGCAACGCUCACAAUAAUAAAGCCAACUCUGCGGCGGAUGAAGACGAUUCGACGGCAUCCAAUUCGACAACAACAACGAAGCAAUCGCUGGCCUUUACCAUAGAUCACUUUGACGCCUCGGAGAACGACGCUGCGGCGCAAGCGGCACGCUACAAGAACAUGAUGGAGCGCUUUCAGAGUCGCCAUCGUCGUGGCGCUUCCAUGUCCAAGCUGGAGACUGAGACGAGCAUGACGACGCCGACGGCAACAUCGUCGACGACAACAAAUGGCACAAGUGGCCGGCACUCACAGCGCAGCAGUCUCGACGCCGGCAGCAUGAUGGCACAUGAUGAUGGCUCGGCAGCUGCCACGCCUACCACGGAAGUGGCAACGCCGGCGGUGAAAAUGCGUGUGCGUGAACGCAGCGCUUCCCGUGUGCGAGACGCUUCCAAGCGGCACAGCUGGUCGCCACGCAGCUCGGCAACGAGUGGCCACAUGGAACCAGCAACAGCACCAACAGUAACUGCUCGUGUCAGCAGCAGAUCGAAGCAAAUGCAACCGACGGCACCGCCCAAGGGCGCGUCCAAUUUGCUGGCGAAUCGCACAGCGCAGUUUACGCCACGUUCGACGGCCAUGCAGCUGGCGUUGCAGCAAGUGGAGCUGCUGUGUCCGCAUCCGCCGCUGGACGAUGUCAAGCAGGUGGCCGAGGAGGAUGCGGUCAGUGAGGCGGGCACCUAUACACUGGAUGGAGACAACUAUACGGAGGAGCAAAAGGAUCUCAUGAACAUUGAUCGCAAUGCAGCAGCAGCGGCGGCUGCGGCGGCGGCUGCUGCAGGCAAGUUGCGACCCAAGCAGCUGGCUGUGAAACCGCAUCGUGGCAGCAAUGUGCUGGAGGUGAAUUACUAUCACGAGACGCCGCAGCAGGAGCAGAAGGGCAACAGCAGCAAUGCCAACACAACUGCCGCUUAUUUGGAGCAACUGAAAUCGCGUGUGUUGCGCCAGCAACCAGUGGCAACAACGACAACAACUGCAGCUGCACAGGCGCCACCAACACCGCCAUCGCCACGCACACCGGUCGCCGCCGUUGCUGCCGAUGUGGGCUGCUUUACGAGCGUAACGACGAGCGGUGUGCUGGCCAAGCAGCGAGCACUGGACACGCAUCCGAACAAGACACGUCACGCCUCGCACAGUCUGUCCACGUCGCAGAUCGAUAGCUCCGAGUAUGUGAGCAACGAGGCAAAGCUGCGUCACGCCCAGGCGAUGGCUGGCAGUGCCACGGAUCGCCAGAAGGCCGAGUAUCGCCUCAAUGUGUUCACCACCAGCACGACGCAACAGCAUCAUCAUCAGCAUCAGCAUCAGCAUCAGCUGCCCGAGACGCCGACAACGCCAACGAUGACGGAGGCAGCGUUGCUGCAGUCGGCGCCCACAAAACAGGAUUGGAUACAGGAAUGGGCGCGUAAUGCGCGUGCCCGCAGUCUGGCGCAGGAUGUGAGCAGCAGCUCGGCCAGUCGACGCAAACAGCAGGCGCAGGCACAGCUCAUGACACGCAGUUACAACUGCUCGGACACGGCGGGCGAUUCGCUGACCGAUGACAGCCUCAGUUUGUACAGCCAACAGCAACAGCAGCAGCAACGUCAAUAUGCCAAUGCGGCAGCAAAGCUUAAUCGCAGCCUGGCGGAACGCUAUCGGCUGCUGGGUGACUGUGACUACGCGAGCGAUCCGGCGUUGUGCAGCCAUGGCGCUGCCGUUGGUCAAAUGCAGUUGCCGGGCGAGCCAUAUAAGCCGCCCAAGAGUCCCAGCAAGAUACCAUCGCCGCUGCACACGCUGGGACGUGCGCGCAGUGCCAGUCGCUCCAGGCCAGCCAUCGAUCAACAGCAGCUACAGCAACAACAGCAGCAGCAGCAAUCGUCGUCGUCGCGUCGCAGCUCGGUCAAAUCGCCGGCAGCACAAUGCAGUCCACAGCAUAGUUUGGAGACGGGCUACAGACGCUCGCCAUUGCAUCGCGCUCUCAUGACCAGCAGCAUCAAUGAGGCACAACUGCAGCUGCUCACCAGCGGCGAGUAUCUGCUGAAGCAGCUGCAUCGUCGCAAGAAUUCGCUGGACGAUGUCGAGCACGAAUUGCCGCCAGCGGUUGCUGGUUCCAUAUCGCCGCUGCGACGCUCCAGCUCCUUCCAGCAGCAGCAACGUGGAGUGCACGGUGUGCGUCAGGCGCGUCCCAAUUUCCAGAAUUUAUACACGCCGCCAGCGGCGCGACACGUGCAACAACAACAGCAGCUGCAGCAGCAACAGUUGCAGCUGAAGAAGUCGGCGAGCAGCAACAACUUUGAGCAAUCGUACAGUGACUACGACAACGAGCUGCAGUACUACAUCAACGAUGAGGAUGAACUGGGCACCACAGGACCGUAUUACUCCAGCGGCGAAGAGGACAUCGAUGUGGACGAUGUGCAGCAGCAGCAGCAGCUGCAACAGCAACAGCAUCAUCAGCCGCAUGCCGGCGACGCGUCGGUGCCGCUGAGCAAUACGCGACUCAACAAGGCACUGCUGAUGCGCAUCGAGCGCAGCAAACAGCGUGUGGCUGGCAACGGUGCUUCAACUGAUCGUCAGACGCCAGCCAAACCGAGUUCGGCGCCGGCGGGCAAACUGAGUGCGGCUGCUCAGGCAGCGGCCGGACUUGUGGCAUGCCCCAAUACGCCCGAGUUGCCGCGACGUGGCAUCAAGAGUGCACCGCGUGCCGCGUCGGGCUGCGGACCCAAGACGCGUCAGUCGAUGCCACGUGAAACGAGUCUCAGUCGACUGGCGCAACAGGUGCCCAGCAGUUUGGCCAAUGCCAAGAAGCAGCUGCUGCAGACGGCGAAUGCGACGGCACGGGAGCAGCAACAGUUGCGUGUGCAGCCCAAGUACCUGGACAUUUCCAAGUACAAGUCGGCGCAGUCGAAUAAUUUUCUGCGCAAAACGAUUCGAAGAGCACCCUAA